UUCAUCUCACAAGAUGGCUGACAUAACAACCCAUAGCAGAUAGCACGUCAAACCAGACACGAUGUCACCCUGUAAACUAUAGGCUGAACCUACCAGAGUACUACUAACAUAGCGACUUGGGUGGACAUAAUGCCCAAUACGCGAAAAAGGAAAAGAAGGCGGACGGAAGUGACAAGGGUCCAAGUGGCUGAAAUUGGUGUCCAGACGGAUGAUGCAGGGGACAACAGUUUGACAAAUACUCAUCAAGGCGGAGACACAUCAGAAACAACUAGCUUUGCCAUGUCAGUGAAUUCAGAGCAAAAUCAGGAUGAAAGAAACGUAGCGAUGUAUUGGACAGCGUUGUUCACUUUAGCUGUUUCGCUUGUAAACGGCGACAAGGAACAAUACUCGAGAUAUUCUCCAGUGCCGCAUCCUUUUCCUAGUACAAAAGACGAUGACGCAACAUCCGGAUGCAAGUUGAAGGUUGAAUGUAAAAACAGAAAAGGGGAACCAGGGAUACCUGGUCCGAGAGGUAUUCCUGGCUUUGACGGCCCUUUUGGUAGGCCUGGAGAACAGGGAGAGAAAGGAGAACAAGGAACGCCAGGGACGUCACGACCUCACUUGGCUUUCUUUGUUGCCAUGGACAAAAACAUGGGUCCCUUGGAUAGUUCGGUGUUGAAGUACCAGCGCGUGCUUCAUAACCAUGGUUCAGCCUACAGUCCAGAUACUGGAAUGUUUACAGCACAAUCUGCCGGUGUCUAUGUCUUCAAUAUUGUUGUAGCAGCACAAGCAACAGAAACGGCUGCCGUCCAGUUAUUCCAGACCGGUGAGGGCGAAGACCAGUGGGUUGUGACGGUAUGGGCCGAGAGUCUUCCUAGUUGGGGCACAUCAUCAAAUACUGUGUAUAUCUCUCUUGACCAGGGACAACAAGUCUAUCUAAUCGCAAGACCAAAUCUUAACUCGUACUACUACGCUAACAUGUAUACAACGUUCAGUGGACAUCUUGUCGCACCUUCGCAAUAAUUAAAGCCAACAUGUGUUUAUUCACAGUAUGAAGAAUAAAAGAUCUACAGUGUUUAGAAACUAAUAAAGGCAUUAUAUUUCAA